AUGGGUGUGGACGAGUCCAAGGACCUAUCCAAGGUCAGCAGCCAAGAGCAAUCCGGCGAAACAGCCGUCGUCUCUGAAAAGUUUGCCGACGCGACCCUCCGCAUUGUCGAAGAACAUGGAGACGAGUUCGGGCCCUUGACUCCUGAAAAGGAGAAGAAACUACGACGCAAGUUGUACUGGUAUGUCAUGGGGUUGCUGUCAGCUAUCAACUUGUUGCUCUUUAUCGACAAAUCGACUCUUGGCUAUGCUGCUAUUUUGGGAUUGUUUGAGGAGACUGGUAUCAACAAGGCUCAGUACAACAACCUUGGUACCUUUUUCUAUGUUGGUUAUCUCGCUGCACAAUGGCCUGGUCACUACGCUAUGCAGCGUCUUCCCCUGGGAAAGUUCGUCGCCGGCCUCAUCUUCAUGUGGGGAGCUACAGUCCUCCUGCACUGCGUGGCUACAAAGUACGCUGGUCUCGUCGUCCUCCGCCUAGCACUUGGAGCCAGUGAAUCUGUCGUCGUCCCUGCCAUGGAGAUGACCAUUGGCAUGUUCUUCAACCGUCACGAGCAGUCAUUCCUGCAGCCCUUCCUUUGGGCGACUGCAGCAGCUGCACCAGUUUGCGCCGCCUUUAUCUCGUACGGUCUCCUCUGGACCCAUAGCAGCGUGCUCCCCUGGAAGCUCUUCAUGAUCAUCACAGGCAGCCUUUCAGUCCUCCUCUCCGUCGUGGUCUGGUUCUGGUACCCAAACAACCCAGCCGACGCAAGGUUCCUCAACCUGGAAGAAAAGGUCCACACCAUCAAGCGAGUGCAUGAGUCGAGUCAGAGCUCCAUCGAGCAGAAGCAAUUCAAAAAGACACAAUUCCGAGAGACGCUCCGAGAUCCAGUCUCGUGGCUUUUCUGCCUACAGGCCUUUACGCUCAUGAUGUCCAACAACCUGACCUACGGACAGCAGAACCUCAUCACAAAGGCCCUUGGUGUGACAAGCUUGGGCUCAACACUGGUCGCUGCGGCAGGCGGUGGCUUUGGUAUCCUCGUGUGUCUUGCUGGUACGUGGGCUCUGAAGUGGUGGCCAUCAAACCUCGCCCUUCAUGGACUGGUCUGGUGCAUCCCAGCCAUCGCCGGUGGUAUUGGCAUGGUAGCCAUUGACUGGGACGAGAAGCUAGGCAUGCUGGCCUGUCUUCUUCUCGCUGGCCACACCUACGGAAACACCUACAUCAUCGCUCUCGGCUGGGCCACCUCGUCCGCAGCCGGCUACACCAAGAAGCUCACCCGUAACGUCAUGUUCAUGCUCGGCUACAGUGUAGCAAACCUCAUCUCACCUCAAAUCUGGGUUCCCAAGGAUGCACCACGUUACUACGGCGCCUGGGUCGCCCAGAUCGUUGUCAGCUGGGUCGGCACACCCGUGAUCCUGUACAUCAUCCAGUUCAUCUUGAAGAAAAGGAAUGCUCAGCGCAAGGCUUGGGCGGCUAGUCUAACCGAGGAGGAGAGAUUGGCCCACGAGUUUGGUGAGGUUGAGCAGCUGGAUGAGAGUGGGAAUGUGAUCCGCAAAAAGGUUGAGAUUGCGCUGCUGGAUUUGACUGAUUUGGAGAACCCCUUUUACAUUUACCCGAUUUAA